UCCGGACUCAGCCUGAGCACCCCCGGCUCCUCCCCCGGCUGUUCCACCGAGGCCGCUCUCCAGGUCCGGGGCCGAGAGCGAGGGGGCGCAGGCUGCGGGGGCCGAGCCGCCGCAACAACCAAGCCGCGCCCGGAGGAGCUCCUUGGAAGGGCUCCCGCCUGCAGCUGGGGAAUCCGCUUGGCGGAGAGAAUCCGUGCCAGGGAAUCCAGCUCUCCGGACUCAAGCUGCAAACAAAAAACUCAGGUCGUGUUCCCUCCCUCCGCCCCCGACACGCACCCAGAGAGUUUUCUGCAGAAAUGCAACAAGUAGCAUCCGGAGCUCGCGGAGUUCCCUGCGCCGCCUGACUUGGCCCAGCGAAGCCCGCCUGCAGAGCCCCAAAUCAGCCACCGGACAAAGGGCGGAGGAGGGGCCGGACCGCGCAGCGGAGUCCUAAAGAGGCCGUUUAGCGACUCUGGCCAGGCCAAGGGGAAUGCAGAGAAGACACGGAGCCGGUGGGCCAAGAGGACUAUCCGGCCGCAGCACGCAGGGCGGGCGGCUAUGGAGGCUGCCCGCGCGGUGCGCUUCCUGCUGGUGCUGUGCGGCUGUCUCGCACUCCCGCCGAGGGCCGAGCCGGUGUGCCCGGAGCGCUGCGACUGCCAGCAUCCCCAGCACCUCUUGUGCACCAACAGGGGGCUCCGCGCGGUGCCCAAGACCAGCUCGCUGCCGAGUCCCCAAGACGUGCUCACCUACAGCCUGGGCGGCAACUUCAUAACCAACAUCACAGCCUUCGACUUUCACCGCCUGGGACAGCUCAGACGGCUGGACCUGCAGUACAACCAGAUCCGUUCUCUGCACCCCAAGACCUUCGAGAAACUCUCGCGGUUGGAGGAGCUCUACCUGGGGAACAACCUCCUGCAGGCGCUAGCCCCGGGCACGCUGGCUCCGCUGAGCAAGCUGCGCAUCCUCUACGCCAACGGGAAUGAGAUCGGUCGCCUAAGCCGCGGCUCCUUCGAGGGCCUGGAGAGUCUGGUCAAACUGAGACUGGACGGAAACGCCCUGGGGGCGCUGCCUGACGCUGUCUUCGCCCCCUUGGGCAACUUGCUUUACCUACAUCUGGAGUCCAACAGGAUCCGCUUUCUGGGCAAGAACUCUUUUACCCAGCUGGGCAAGCUGCGCUUCCUCAACCUCUCGGCCAACGAGCUGCAGCCCUCCCUCCGCCACGCGGCCACCUUCGCACCGCUGCGCUCCCUCUCCACUCUCAUACUAUCUGCCAACAGCCUGCAGCAGCUCGGGCCGCGCGUGUUUCAGCACCUGCCACGCCUCGGCCUACUCUCUCUCAGGGACAACCAGCUCACGCACCUCGCGCCGGAGGCGUUUUGGGGGUUGGAGGCCUUGCGCGAGUUGCGCCUGGAGGGCAAUCGGCUGAGCCAGCUGCCGGUGGCGUUGUUGGAGCCUCUGCAAAGCCUGGAGGCGCUGGACCUGAGCGGCAACGAACUGUCCACUCUGCACCCCACUAUCUUUGGCCACCUGGGCCGGCUGCGGGAGCUCAGCCUGCGCGACAACGCGCUCAGCGUCCUGUCUGGGGACAUCUUCGCCGCCAGCCCAGCCCUCUACCGGCUGGAUUUAGACGGCAACGGUUGGACCUGCGACUGCCGGCUGCGUGGCCUGAAGCGCUGGAUGGGCGACUGGCACUCGCAAGGUCGGCUUCUCACCGUCUUUGUGCAGUGUCGCCACCCCCCAGCCCUGAGGGGCAAGUACCUGGAUUACCUGGAUGACCAGCAACUGCAGAACGGGCCUUGCGCAGAUUCCUCCUCCGUUUCCCCGACCGCCGACGGCAAGGGGCAUUCCUUACCCACAGCCACGGAGGAGGAGAUGGAGCCCCCUGCAGGUAGCCUCAUGGAUGAGCUGCCGCCGCAGCCACAGCUACAGCAGCGAUUUCUGUCUGGGGUGGCCUGGGAUGCGGCCGCCAGAGAGCUCUCAGACAACCGCAGCGCCCUGGGGUUGAGCCGACGGGGUCCAGGCCUCCAGCAACCUGGCCCUUCCGCCGCUGCUGCUGCGGGCCCAGAGCCAACCCCUAUGGACCUGCUGGAGAAACCUGAGUGGGGACUUACGACUCCCGCAGAGCUUGCCCACGCGGAGCCCACCCCGACGGCGGAGCCCACCUCUGCGCCAUUGCCCGCCAGCGACCCCUGGCAGCUAGCGGUAAGGCAACGCCUGGCAGCGCAGCAACAGGAGAGCGCAGCCCAGUCCGACGGCGGGGUAGGCCUGCUGCCGCUGGUGUCCGAUCCGUGCGAUUUUAAUAAGUUCAUCCUGUGCAACCUGACUGUGGAGGCGGUGGGCGCCGACAGCGCCUCGGUGCGCUGGGCAGUGCGCGAGCACCGCAGCCCCAGGCCGCUUGGCGGCCCGCGCUUCCGCCUGCUCUUCGAUCGAUUUGGCCAGCAGCCUAAGUUCCACCGCUUCGUCUACCUGCCGGAGCGCAGCGACUCUGCCACGCUGCGCGAGCUGCGCGGAGACACCCCCUACCUGGUGUGCGUAGAAGGUGUGCUAGGCGGCCGGGUCUGCCCGGUGGCCCCCCGGGACCACUGCGCGGGGCUCGUCACCCUGCCUGAGCCUGGGAGCCGGGGCAGCGUCGAUUACCAGCUGCUGAUCUUGGCCCUGCUGGCCUUCAACGCGCUGCUAGUGCUCCUGGCCUUGGCGGCCUGGGCAUCCCGCUGGCUGCGGAGGAAGCUGCGGGCCAGGCGGAAGGGCGGGGCCCCGGUGCACGUCCGUCACAUGUACUCCACCCGACGGCCGCUGCGCUCCAUGGGCACUGGCGUGUCCGCAGACUUCUCUGGAUUCCAGCCGCAGCGGCCGCGCACCGCCGCGUGCGCCCUCAGCGAGGCGGACCUCGUCGAGUUCCCCUGCGACCGCUUCAUGGACAGCGGGGGCGGUACCGCAGGCAGCUUGAGGCGGGAGGACCAUCUCCUGCAGCGAUUCGCCGACUAGAUCCAGGGCCUCCGCGUGUGUGGAGACCGUCUCAUUGGCCUUGAGGAACCACUUCUUCUCAGGGCCCCUAAAUCCCCCUCAAGGGAAGAUGUCAUUUUAUAGGACCUUCUCCUUUCCUCCUUUUGUGCACUUGCCAAGAGAGACCAAAGGGGACACCCGGCCAAUCCGGCAACAUCCCCUAAUUCCCAGUACUCACUCAUGAAGUAGGUGGGCGGUGCUUGGGGGUCAAGGCCAAGACUCGAGUCAAAUGGGUUGUGAGGCCUGGAGGUGGGAGGUGGGAGGCCUUCUUCAGAUGGAGCCCUUGGCACAGCUAUUUGAAUGGCUUUUGUGGCAUUGCUAUUCAAUGGCCUGCCCCCUUUGGGGGUAAAAAGGGGUGUGUACCCCCAACAUGGCUAGAAAAGGAUUUGGGGCAUGCUUUCUGUUCAGUGCUAACCAGAGGAGUUUUGUUUCUCUUUAAGGAAAAAGGAACUUAUUACCAUUACAAAGGAGGCUUGACAACUGAUUCUACUGGUCUGGUGGUCUUAGCCAAGGAGGGUGGUGGUGUAAACAGGUGGUAAAGUUUAACACACUCACCAUGAAACUCUUUUAUGUUGGCUAAUAGAACAUUUUUUAAACAUUAACUUUAUGUUUAAAAAAUUAGGGAUGCUAUUUUUUUUCAACAAUGUGAAGAUUUCUGACAUUUAACAAACUAAUGAAUAAACUCAAGGACUAUUUUUGUUGAGCCAGGCAGUUCAACUACUUUCUUUUUAAUACUACCACCAGGAGCACAUUCGCUGACCUUGAGGUUAACUAAGAUUACAUACUUUCUCAGAAGGCUGCAUGCAAGACUUCUCUGCCAACGUUGCUCUUAUGGCUUAAUUUUAUUGUUUUAAAUCUAUAUGUGGACAAAGAAAUCUUAAUGCCAGACUUGAUAAAAGAAUGUAAUGUGUAUGUAACUGAUGACCCGGUAGGGAAUGCCAGCAUUCUUGUUCACUUACCACAUCUCUGACAAUGUGUCCAUAUUGAAAUAAAUGGGAUGUGGUACUUCUCACGGGGUUUUUUUUGGUGACACACAGUUGACUGUGCCCUACUCUCCUGACUUGCAGUUAAGUGAUUUCCUAACAAAAAGGAGCGAAAGGGGCUUGUCAGUUUAUAGUAUAAUGUUUGAUCACAAUAAUGUCUUACUCUAUAUGAAAUAGAUGGGAAGAAAUUAUUGGGGAAAAUGUGAAAAAAUGUGCAUCAGUGGUUUGUUUCUACUAAAACCAGAAGACUGUUAUGAGUACUUAAACCUCACUGUGAAAUAAUUAUGUAUUUUGCAAAGUCAUCCCUCCAUGAUCCAGUGUUUUACCGUGUUAUUAAACUGUGUUUUUUAAUUAAUAAUUACAGUAUUUCUUUUAGAUGUUUUUGUUUUAAACUUAGGGUUAGGCUCCUUUAUUUGCUCAGUUGGUUUCAACUAUUUUGGGAUACUUUUUUCCCUGCUAUUUAUGAAAUACAUGUUUAUCAUUAAAGGUAGUGCUUUGGUUUACAUAAAUAAUUGAGUGUGGUCUAAAAAUGCAGUCAGUAAGAGGGUGUACACAGUAUAGUCACCGUGGUUAUGGAGAUAUUGGCAGUGGGGUAACGUGGAGGCUACUGCAAUGGUGCUAAGGCUAACAGGGAAUCUUCUGUUUAGGGCCUUAAACCCCUGAGGGUCCUGAUGACUCAGGGAAUCUGUCAUAGUCCAGGGGUUCUUCAACCACAGUCCACUCCUUUUAUGUUUGGCCUCCACUGAGCCAGGCCUGCCUUGUCCCAGAAGCUGAGCAGGGACCAGGGAUCUAAAUGAGCUGAUCUUUGUUUAUAUUCAGAUGAGUAAAUGUCCAGACCACUGAAAGUACAGCUGAUUUUUCUGGCAGCCUUAUCUUUAGGGCCCAAACUUAAUAAACCACAGGAAAUAGACUGUCACUCUCAGUUUGCUGCCAGGCCUGUUUCAGAUUCCCAGCAUACUGGUACAUAGGCAAGGUGCAGUUCUCUCUGACUUGAAACCCUCAGGCUAUCUUGCACCUUGCCUGCUUCUUCGCCUUUUUCAUUCAUAGAGGAGUUAUGUCUUUUAGCUAUUUGUUUUGCACCGCAGUGUAAAUUGAGUUCCACUGAAAGUCUGGAAAAGACCUCUGGUUCUUCCCACCACCCACCCUUUCAUCUGCAGAACAUGACUGAAAAUGCUUAAUGCCUGGAUCUGUGUAAAAAACAGUUUGACUGGAAAAGUCAUUCAGCAGGAAAUGAAUAAAUGUUAUACAUUAUUAUGCUCAGUUAUGUCAAUAAACCCACUUACUAA